UCCCGGCUGAGGCCCCGCCCCUGGCUGUCCUGUUACACUGCUCGUCCUCGUCCACCUCCUCCUCCUCACAACACGACCCGCAGCUUCCUGCUCCACUCCUCUAGCUUCAGUCACCGCACCAACCAUCCGCGACAACAUGGCGCACGCCUUUCCAUUCCUGAGCACUGAGCAGAAGAAGGAGCUCAGUGACAUCGCCCAGAGAAUCGUCGCUGCUGGGAAGGGCAUCCUGGCUGCUGAUGAAUCUACAGGCAGCAUGGCCAAGCGCUUCCAGAGCAUCAACGCUGAGAACACCGAGGAGAACCGCAGGUUUUACCGCCAGCUGCUCUUCACCGCCGACGACCGCGUGACGCCCUGCAUCGGUGGCGUCAUCUUCUUCCACGAGACCCUUUACCAGAAGACCGAUGACGGCAAGCUCUUCCCCCAGCUCAUCAAGGAGAGAGGCAUGGUGGUGGGCAUCAAGGUGGACAAGGGCGUUGUUCCACUCGCCGGCACCAACGGCGAGACCACCACCCAGGGGCUGGACGGGCUGUACGAGCGCUGUGCUCAGUAUAAGAAGGAUGGCGCCGACUUUGCUAAGUGGCGCUGCGUGUUAAAGAUCACCUCCACCACGCCGUCGCAGCUGGCCAUCAUGGAGAACGCCAACGUCCUGGCCCGCUAUGCCAGCAUCUGCCAGAUGCAUGGCAUCGUGCCCAUUGUGGAGCCUGAGAUUCUCCCAGAUGGAGACCAUGACCUGCAGCGCUGCCAGUAUGUCACUGAGAAGGUGCUGGCAGCCGUCUACAAGGCUCUGUCCGACCACCAUGUCUAUUUGGAGGGCACACUGCUCAAGCCCAACAUGGUGACUGCCGGACACUCCUGUCCCAAGAAAUACAGCCCUCAGGAGGUCGCCAUGGCAACUGUUACCGCCCUGCGCCGUACUGUGCCCCCUGCCGUGCCGGGUGUGACCUUCCUGUCAGGUGGCCAGAGCGAGGAAGAGGCCUCUAUCAACCUGAGCGCCAUCAACCAGUGUCCCCUGCACCGGCCCUGGGCCCUCACCUUCUCCUACGGCCGGGCCCUCCAGGCCUCGGCACUCAAGGCCUGGGGAGGCAAGAAGGAGAACGCCAAGGCCUGUCAGGAGGAGUACGUCAAGAGAGCCAUGAAUAACAGCCAGGCAGCUCUGGGCAAGUACGUGUCCAGUGGAGACAAGGGAGCAGCUGCUGGCCAGUCUCUGUUUGUGGCCAACCAUGCCUACUAACUGGGUCCCAGCGCACUUCUUCUCCCAGUCCACCACACACUCCAGUCACUUCACUCCUCCCUAUCCUGCACAGCUGGAAUGGCACGUGGUGCCGCGGUUCAGGAAGUUUUUGCCAUCAGAACUAAUCAGACAAUGGAAUUCUGUUGGCGCAUGUAACAGCAUCAAGUCCUCUACUGGAUAGGAAAAGCAGUCAUUGUGUGAUUUUAAUUGGCAGUUAAUUCUAUUAUAACAUUGAGAAAUGUGUUUUUCACUGGCAGCCCCCCUAUUACUCCCAGCACUUAGAAACUUUAAAGUCCACUUCUUGAUUAAUGGUUGUUGUAUAUUUGACUUUUAGAAUUUUAAAAACUAAAAAGUGUAUCUUGCCCCCUUCUUGUAGCACUGAGUGAGAGGAGCCACACAGAAGCAGCUGUUUGAAAAUGAAUGGCCAGAAUACUUUCUGAACCUCUGCUGGCGUUGGGAUUACCACGACAUUCCAAGCUCUAUACUUUGAAUAUUUACUUUGGAUUUGUGAAGUCCUAGUUAUUUUACAGCUUAGCUGAAUGUGUUGUGUCACUUUGUGUUUUUUUUUGAGCACUUUCACUGCCUCCUAAAGAGAGAGAAGACCUUGUUUUUAUGUUCAAACCCCCGUUUUCUCAGAUUGUAACUCCCCUGAUCCUCUGGUUUUGGACAUUGUCUUAAUAGUUAAGUAUUUGUGCCUUCAUCUCUCAACAGCUGGAGGAAAUCCCUCUCGAGUGUAUUGAUAUAUACAUAUGAUAGCCUGUUACUGUAUCUACACUGGACAGAGAAUUAAAAUUAAAAGAUUCACUGCUACCUUU